AUGCCUAGAGCCAUACAGGUGAAUCUGCAGCACUCGAAAUGUGCUACAGAGAACUUGGAUGUCUUCCUCAGGGAAAAGGACAUCGACAUCGGUUUCAUACAGGAGCCCUGGGUCAGAGACAACGAGAUUAAGGGGUUCCAAAACAAAAAGAACAUCAACAUAUUCUACAUUAAAGCAAACAUGGGGAAAGUGGAGAUGCAAAAAUCGUCGAUAUACCUGGCAACGGUGUAUAUGCCACAUGAGAAACCGGCGUCGCCAGACGAAGUGGCUCGAUUCCUGUCAACAUUAAAUAAGACAGACAAACUAUUGAUGGGCUGCGUACAAACGCCAGAAACGAGCUCUGGAGCAGUUCAGAGACGAAAGAAAGAGAGAGCCAGGUCUCAACUUUCUAAACAUAGUUCUCAAGCACGAGCAGCAAAAAUACGUCGUAUAGGAGAAUCUUCACCUGAACAUUCACAACGCCUUGCUGAACAAAAUCAGAGAACCUCUGAGUUACGUGCACGAGAGUCGAGGCUGAAGCGUUCCCAACGUCUUCAUGAACAAAAUGUAAGGACCUCUGACUUACGCGAACGAGAGUCAAGUGUCGAGCGUUCGCAACGUCUUGCCGAACAAAGCUUGAGAACCUCUGAGUUACGUGCACGAGAGUCGAGGCUGGAGCGUUCCCAACGUCUUCAUGAACAAAAUGUAAGGACCUCUGGCUUACGCGAACGAGAGUCAAGUGUCGAGCGUUCGCAACGUCUUGCCGAACAAAGCUGGAGAACCUCUGAGUUACGUGCACGAGAGUCGAGGCUGGAGCGUUCCCAACGUCUUCAUGAACAAAAUGUAAGGACCUCUGACUUACGCCAACGAGAGUCAAGUGUCGAGCGUUCGCAACGUCUUGCCGAACAAAGCUGGAGAACCUCUGAGUUACGUGCACGAGAGUCGAGGCUGGAGCGUUCCCAACGUCUUCAUGAACAAAAUGUAAGCACCUCUGACUUACGCGAACGAGAGUCAAGUGUCGAGCGUUCGCAACGUCUUGCCGAACAAAGCUUGAGAACCUCUGAGCUAAGCGCUCAAGAGUCGAGGCUGAAGCGUUCCCAACGUCUUCAUGAACAAAAUAUAAGGACCUCUCAGUUGCGCGAAAGAGAGUCGAGUGUCGAGCGUUCGCAACGUCUUGCCGAACAAAGCUGGAGAACCUCUGAGUUACGUGCACGAGAGUCGAGGCUGGAGCGUUCCCAACGUCUUCAUGAACAAAAUGUAAGCACCUCUGACUUACGCGAACGAGAGUCAAGUGUCGAGCGUUCGCAACGUCUUGCCGAACAAAGCUUGAGAACCUCUGAGCUACGCGCUCAAGAGUCGAGGCUGAAGCGUUCCCAACGUCUUCAUGAACAAAAUAUAAGGACCUCUCAGUUGCGCGAAAGAGAGUCGAGUGUCGAGCGUUUGAAGCGACUUAGAGCUCAAGCAGAGAGGCAGCAGUUGUCCACAAAUAGAGUGCGCAAUCGAAUUUUAGCUAACAGGAACAGACUGGCUUUCAGAUAUGAUCCGCAGCUUGAUUAUGCACAACAAGCGUCCGUCCUAAUCGGAGUCAUGAAUAAGAUCUGCUCUAACUGCUCUGCCAAGAAAUGGGAGGACGAACCUAAUGCAACAAACGGUGUACUGAGUACUGUGGUUAUAACGGAUUGCAAGAAAAUUAAUUGA